AUGCCGCCGCCGCCGCCGCCUCCUCCUCCACCGCCGCUGGUGGAUGAUCUCGUGGAGGAGGUGCUCCUCCGCUUCCCGCCGGACGACCCCGCGGCGCUCGUCCGCGCCGCGCUCGUUUGCAAGCGCUGGCGCCGCCUCGUCUCCGGCCCCGGCUUUCGCCGCCGCUUCAGCGAGUUCCACCGCACCCCGCCGAUGCUGGGGAUGUUCUGCAACCGAGAGCUCAUCCGCGUGUCGCACUUCCUGCCCACGACCGCCUUCCGCCCGCAUCAUGCCGAGCGUGUCCCGAUCGCGCUGGAUGCCCGACACGGCCGUGUCCUCCUCCGUGGGGAAGACUGGGCCCUCGUCGUCUGGGAUCCCAUCACGGAUGAGGAGUGGAAGGUGCCCUUCCCGCCGAAGUGCACAGGGGUGCCGUACUGGACCGCGGCGGUUCUCUGCUCUGCUGAUGGCACCGGCGGCUGUGAUCACCUUGAUUGCCACCGUCGACCCUUCAUCUGUUAA